UCCCACUUCGUCACCAUUUCUCAAUUCAUUUCCAUUCCUACAUCUCUGCGCUCGUCGCCAGUUCCAAAUCAUAACAAUUGUGUAACCUCGUGUACUCCUUCUGCUUCUCAUACGGCCUCUGAUCUACGUAACUGUAAAACUAUGGAGGGCAAUCCCGCAACCCAGUCGUGGCCUGCGCCAUGGCACCACAUCCUGCCGUCACCUACGCAACACACAGAUAAUGCUGCCGCUGCCGAUGAAGACCCCCAUCACCGCCAGACGCCUCGGAUACACGCAGAACCGCUGGACUUGGACGUUUACACCACCGAAAGCCAGUCCUUCUGCUCGGCCACAGACUCCAAUUCCGAGCGCGUGGCGGAAUACAUGGCGUCGCAACAACGUUUGCAUCCCUUCUCUCCCCUCCUCUCUAUACUCGGUAGAGUCGAUACUGACGAGAGGGACAUUGCAGAUCAAGUUAAUAACUUGCCCGAACAAACAAGUCCCCUCGUCCAUCUCCCUCCCGAACUCCUCGAAGGCAUCUUUGACCACCUCUCCGCCAUUGACCUCGUCGCUGUCUCGGCCACCUGCCGUCAUCUACGCACCAUCGCCACGUCCGAGUUCCGCUGGCAAGGCCUCGUCCAAGAAAACGUGCCCGGGUACAGAGUAACCUCCUGCUAUCCCUACACUUUGUUCCGCCAACUCUACAAAGCCCACGACCCGCGCUGGUUCCUGCCCAAAUACAAGAUAUGGUUCGCCGACGACAGCCUCUAUGGCCGUCUAAUCAUCGCCCGCUUUGACCAGCGCCGCGGCUGCAUCGAAGGCUACCAACUCGUCGCCUCGGUGCCCAACAACGACCUCUGGGACGAUGACGUCCUGGACAACGGCACCAUGAUCCGCAAGCACGACUUCCGCGUGGGCCUGCACCUCGACCAGCCCGUCUUCCAACUCGAUCCCGAAAACCAAUCGCCCGAAAGCGACAACGCCACCGUCCGUCUCUGGCAAGACCUCGACUCGGUCCGCUACAAAGACGACCCUACCAAACCCAAACCCCACUUCAAAGUCGAAGUCCGCGCCCAAGGCGGCUCCUCCAUCUCGGCCGGCUCCCGCAGCCGCUCCUUCCACACCAACUUCUUCCUCGCCAAAGCCCAACGCCUGCGCAACGCCAUCCACGACGCCGAAGAGCUCAUGGACGCCCACGACGUCCGCGACCUGCUCCACUCCGACCUCAGCCGCUCCCUCUCCCCGCGGGACUACCUCAUCCGGAGCGCCAUUCCGGGCAUCGGAGGCGGCGACGGCCUGCGCAACGCCGUGCCCCACGGCAUGAUGACCAUCCUGCGCGACAAGUACUGGCCGCCGCCCACCAUCGAGGCGCCCCAUAGGGUGGCCAACGUCGGGCCGGUGGGUGUCAACGGGGGGUAUAACGCCGAGGCCACGUCCAAGAUUCUGCAGAGCCCGCCUGCCACGAGGGCGGAGAUCAGCGAUCAUGCGUUCCACUUGAGGAGGUGGGUGGAGUUUGGACGGGUGAUGAGGGCGCAUAUUGGCGAAGAGCUGGUGACGUAUUCGACGCUGGAUGAGAGAUUGUAUACACCCACGCCUGAGAAGCCAUACAGGGGAAUCUUUGUGGGGCAUUAUGGGCCGCAUGGGUGCGAGUUUAUUUUGAUGCAUCAGCCUGAUGAUGAACCGAGAGUACGAGAUGCGCAGAUUGAAAGGAGGGAGAAUGAGACGGAUGAGGAGUUUCAGAAGAGGAAUCAAGAGUCCAAGGUUUAUAGGGGUGGGUUGGCGGGGAUUAAGCUCACCGGUGACCCGAAUGUGCCGAGGGGGGAGUAUACCUUUGUUGCGAAGGAUAUUGGAGAGGAAGGGUUUGUAAAGGUUGCGGAGGAGGAGGAGUUCGCGGGGGCGAGGGUGGUGAAGGCCAAGGGGCAUGUGGCUGAACAUAACUUUCGGGAUGACGACUGGAUAGACUGCGACCUCUUCCUGGCCUCUCACAAUCGGCUGGCCCUCCACUGGCACCGAUGGGACAUGACGAGCGUUUUCGAGCGGGUCGAUAUUGGCAAGUUUAUCGUUCCCGAGCUGUAUGAUGGGCCAUGGUUUAUGUUGUGAAGUUGAUGGCGAUGACUGUCUGGUGAAUUGAAGGAAGUCUGCAUAGCGAGGGUGAUGAUUAUGAAGUGGGUUUCAGGGAAAAACAGGACUGGCUACUUUUAUGGUAUUGAUGAGGAGGUUACGAUGGAUGAACUGGGUACAUAUUUGGUGAACGGCGUUGGGGGUUUUCUUGUCGGUUGGUUGGUAUAGGAGUAUAUAUGGGUUAAUACAAACACGCCGUGUUAUUUGCACUUUGUUCUCGCUGUGAUGUUCACGAUGCCGCCGACU